ACGACACGGCACGGCACGGCCCCAAGCCCCGCCCGCGGCCCGCUGCUGCCGGCUCUCCUUCGGGGGCAAAGGUGUGAGCUGUACUCCUAGCGCUGAAGGGCAUUUCCGCUGGCAAAUUAAAUUUUUUGCUGGAAAGGGUUAAACAAAAGGGAAGAAGAUGCAGAAAAAGCAGAUGUUUGAUGUUUAGUCCGCCUCAUGCCACAAGAGGGACAUGUUAGCAAUGGGCAGCUCAAUGAUGAGCAUCCUGAACACACCUGGAGCACGCAUUUAUUCAGCAAUGUCCUUUGCUUGGGUGGGUUUUAAGAUGGGUUGGCAGAAAAGGGGAGGGGUGGUGAUUUGGGAAGUGAUGAAGUUUGCAAAAGACACCACUCACGGUUUUAAAGGCUCAGGAACAGGAAACCCAGGAAAAGUUAUGACUGAAAGUAUGGCUUGAAACAACCAGAGGCAUUAAGGAGGAAAGAGUAUCAGCAGCCAGUGGAGUAAAUUGUAAAUUUCAAAAAGAAACUAAGAGUGAUGUGAAAUGUAUGAACAGUGGUAAACCUGUGCAAUAAAUCACAGCAUAUUUUAUUAAGAUAUAAAACUGGAUACUUUCAUGGUAAACUUUUUGAAACAGUCAUGACUGGAAGACAAAUACAGAAGAUCGUUCAUGUUCAGGAAUCAGCUGCAAAGAAGGAAGAGGUAGUAGAAUGAGUUACUGGGCAGAAAUUGGCAUGUUUACCUCAUGAAGCUGUCCUUGUACAAUGCCCUGAUGCAUAUUUAAAGCCAUACCAUAGGAGGAGUAAAUAUUUCUUUCCAGAGGCUCACUUAAAAAUACUUAAAAUAUUUGUACUAUUGAAUCUACGAUAUCUGUGCAUUUUUGCUUUGAAUUAAUUUUUAUGUAUCAAAUCAAGAUUCUUAAUGACCUGUUCAACAAUAAAACCCAAAAAGUUUUGUGUUUAAUUAAUAUGCCAGUGAUUCCUUGCCUGAAGACAAAACUACAUUUCAGCUAUGUUUUCAGUUGCUAGCAAGUGCUCUUAUAAAGUUAAUUUUCAACAGUGAAGGGAGGAAAAACUUCUCUAAUUAAAUUAGUUUGUAUUUCUGUGCUGCAAUAGGAAAAGUCAAUUAAAAUAAACCACAGGUACUUGCCUAAAUAAGGGAAAGUAUUUCUUUAUGAAACUCCAGUGUUUGAUAUUUAUCUGCUUAUUGCUGACUGGUUUUAUCUGAUUAAGAUUUUAUUGUAACUCUGCAUUGCACAACUAUUUCACCUUUCAUGCUUUGUAGACUUGGGAUGCAGCUUUGGUACAAACUGCAAGGGAAUAGACAAAUGAAUGCAUUUUUGAACAUAGCAUAUACUUAAGUAAGAAAUAUCUGUACCAUCCUAAUUUCAUAUCUGUUGGUGAGAAUAUUUCGAUUGGAGGUCAUGAAGGUUUAGAUGUUGCUGAUGCCAUUAAAUUGGUACGGUGAGGUCAGAUUUUUAAUUUGCAUAGUGCAGAACUGCACUGAGGUUUGUGGUUGUUACAUUCAAGUCAGAGUUGUCUGUGGUAAAACAUCCUGGUUAGUGCCUACCAUGUAAAUCAGUACCGUCUGUAAAUAACACAGGGGUGUCCAUGUGGGUGCAACUGGCAGCUCACUGUCUUUUUUAACAUAAAGCAAUGACUGCACUGAAUUACCCUGCACUGGCUCACCUCAGUACCUUGUACAAUAAGUUGCUCUUCUUGUCCACAAAUCAACCUGAAAGCCUCACUUCUCAUUUCACUGCAUGCUCACUACAUUAACUUUAUAAAAUAAUAAUUUCUAGUUCUCUAGUUACCAAGCCACAUAGUUCAGUAUUCUGUAAGUCUGGAGAUGCUGUUCAAAGUAAUCACAGUAAUUGCAGAAUGUCUGUCGGUAUUACUUAGUAAAAAUGUCAAUAGAAGGAUAAAAUCCAGCCAAAGUAACUUUUUUUUCCUUACAAUUCUUACAAAAAAGAAAAGAAAAAAAUAAUCAAAACCACAAUUUAUUAUAUUCUGAUUUCUCAGUGGUAAUUCAGAGAAACUUAAUGCUGCUGAGAAAGUAAAGGUUUAUUUUUAACACUUAAUAUUUUAAGUGUAAUUAUUCAUUCCCAUCUUGAAAAAAUAAGCUGUGCAGUAGAAUCAGUUUUAUCUAUGAGCAAAUACAUGAUAUUUCACUCAUCUAAAACAUGAUAAUUUUAAUGUCAAGUAGAUCUUAUCUAGUAAAAGCAGCUCUUAACUUUCUUAUCUCAGUGUUCAAAGAUGCUUCGACUACUCUCCAUGUAAAUUACAGAUGAAAAUACUGCGCUACCAUUGUGUUACCAGACACAAUGGUAUCUGUGAGAUUUUUUUAAGUAAGCUUUGAAUUGUGAAAUGAAAAUAUGAAAAGUUACCAGAAUAAUUUAUGGAGCAUUUUCCUUUCAGUUAUUUUUUUUCUUUUCUCGCUUAUUUCUCUUAAAGUGUUAAUUCUUGUUUUCUGCCCCUGGUUCUGCAUAUAACAAAACCAAAAGCAAGACUGGAGGAUUUAAGUUUUGAUGUUCAUUUGGCUGUAGAUUUUUUAGAAGGCUAGAAGUAGACAGUAUCAUAGGAAAUUAUUUUUCAUUUUUUCUGUGGCACAAUAAAUUAUGAAAAGUUACCUAGCAAGGUAGUUUUUACAUUUAAAUAAUUGCAAUUCAACCUUGUCUGCAUAGAAUUCUGGAGGGUUUUGCACAUUUCUCUUAGAGUGAUAUUCACAUCUAAACUUUCUUUCCCUUGAUUCUUUGCUCCUUUCCUGUUAUACACAGUUAAGUCGUAUCAAAAUGUUUAUGCAUUUCAGGCAACAUUUCAGGGAAAAUUACAAAGUAAACUAAUCACCGGAAAAAACAAGUAGUGUACAUGGGUUAAACACUAUGUCCAUCAGAAUUGAUAAUCGAAGACCAUGCAUGAUCCAGGAGCAGUUGUGUUCUUGAACGCUCAGACGCAAAAUUGAAAAUGGGUAAAAUUUAUGAACCAUAAAUGGAUGGGCUGUGUAGACCUGUUAAGAGAGCCACAACACUGGGGAUCUCAAAAUGGUAGAAAUCUCAAAAAUGUAUGUGAGGCUGUUACAUAAAGGCCUCUGAAAUGCUUAGUUCUUAACCCAGUAUUCAGGUAACACCACUUUAAAUAUUAAGAUCCUUUAAAAAAAUUGUUAUGUUUGAUAAACACAACAGCUUAUUUCAUUUAUAACUGAAGAGAUGAAACUUCGGGAAUGUUCGAGUCAGUUUGUCUGCCUAAGGCCUGUUCCCUUCCUACUGGAGAGAUACUCUGAUACUGACUAAAGCUACUGUGUCUGCAUGGCUUCCAGAAAUGGAAUGUACGAUCAUCCAGGUGUUCUAGCUAGAGAAUUAAACAUUUUUACCUGAAUUCAAUACAGUUUGUUUAGUCAUGUGCAGACGGUAUUGGAAGAAUCUCCUAAGAAAAAGCAGAUGUCUAAACUGUAAUGCCUGUCUUCUCUUAAGUUUGUUAGGUAAAUUCUUUGGUCUAAAAAUAUGCACUGCCAAAGCUUUCGCACUUAAGUUUACAGGAGUAAUCAUCCAGAUCACUUCAAAAUUACAGUAAAACUAUCUGCAGUCCAGCCACAUACUAAUGGCCUCCUCUGUUAACUGUGAAACUGUUUACAGCCUCAUUAUAAUUUUAGGAUUGUUUAGCUUUUAAUGAAUACAGAAUGGUUUCUUGCAGAAUAAUUUUUGUGGAAAUUCAAUACCACCACCAUCCUGUCCCAUAAUCUGUUUUCUGCCCUGAGGUGCCAUUGUGUAAUAGCUGCAGCAAUGCAUGUCAAAAUAUUAGUUUAUUCACAGCUCUGGAAGGCCAAGUGAUCUUGCAGCUGCCUGUGGAUAGAAUAAGAAAACCCAGCAGAUCCACCCCAUUUGUCCAACUGAAUGUAGUAAAUCAAGGUCACACCUUCUCUCCCCAACACAAGGAACAAUACUCUGUGGGGAAGUUCAUGAUUUGAGAACAAAAUUAAAUGUACUUUCACAGAUUCCCAGGCAUCGUGGAUAUCUGUAAUAGGCUGUAAUUUACCAGUUUUUAGUCCUCUGACUAAAUAAAACAUUAGGAAAAAAUUAAAAAUCUGAGGUUUUAUUUUUCCAGCUAUUUUGAACUAAAAGCAGGCCAGAAGUGCAAAAGUGGGAUGUAAACAUGGGGAAUUUUUCAAAAUCACAAGGCUAUAAAUCUUCUUGGAGGUACCCAGCUCAUGGUGCCAGAUUUCACUUGAGAUCUAUGGAUAGGCAAUGGCUUGUAUUGUCCAGACUGUGCUAUCCAAAUGUGCUAUAAUGCUAUAAUGUGCUAUCCAAAUCCCAAAACUUAAUUGUUGAGAUCCACUGCUUAAUGCUGGCAAAAGUCUAAAAUUCUCUCAUUGGGAAGAUAUCAUAGAUGCUCAAGGGCAGGCUGAACUUCUGCUUUAUUAUAGAUAGAGUCACUAGAUGGAGCCAGAAAUGCAAGACAGGAUUUUAUAACCUGGACUAUCCUGGACCCAUCAAAAUUUCCUACUGUUUUUUCCAAACACAGAAUUUCAACUGCAUGCAUAUAUGAGUGCAAGAUCACUGUACUGUUAAAUGGUGCAGUUUUAGUGUGAUGGGUUUGUGGUUUUUUUGUGCAAACUGCAUAUAGUUGUAGUAUAAUCAUGGUUUUACAUUAGGUCUGACCAGCAAAACUGAGCAGGGAAUGAGACCCAUUAACAUAUUUUGCAAUCUAUUUGCAACAAAUUUUCUCUUUAAACCUACCUAAAACUGGGUUACAAGACCUUAGCUCUUAAAACAUAUGGUUCUUCUUAUGCUCUUGCAUGUUUGUACAAUUUGGCUUAGGUUUAAAAACAAAUUCAACCAGCUUGUAGAACAGUUGGGGAGACAACACAAAUGCCAACACAUACCAUCCUACUGCCCUGAGAAGUGAUCAGACUUGGAAUGUUUUACCAGGAGUGCUAAUCCUGUAGCUGCUCUCCAGGAGCACAGGAAGCUGCUCCAGUGAUUUCAGGCUAGCAGGUAAUAACAAAUAACAAAGGAGGAGAGAAUCAACACAUACUCAAGCACGGGAUUUCCAAAUUUUGUUUUUUGUUACAGACCAAACCAGGCCAGAAUGUCUGUUCUAUAGCAGGGUGCUGUUCAGGAACUUUUUUUUUUCUUCCUACAGAAGCACAGAUUUCCUAAUUUUGCUUAUUUCUUGAGUAAUUCUGAUACGGAAGAAAAUGUUCUGCAACAUAAUUGUAACUAAGCUGGUAUGACUAAGAAAUACUAUUGGAAAAUCAGCUGAAUAGCAGAUUUCUGUUUUGUCAAAGCUGCAUUUUUUAUGAUUGGUGCAGGUUUUAAGAAAGCUGUUCAGCAGCAUCCCUUCAGAUAAGACCAAAACUCACAGAAUGGUUUGGCAGUCACCCAGGAUGGAGCACACUCAAAGGAAAGGCAGACGUAUACUUGGAGUGUUGCUCCUUGCUGAUAUGCAUGGCAGGUUUCACGCUUUACCCUUUGACUGCCAGCUAUGAUCUCAGAGUUGUACCUGAUUAAGCAAUUGCUCUUCACUUCCUGUUUGACACUUUCAAGUGCUUCUACACCCAGAGGACAACCUCUGAAAAACUGCUUGCCGGUGUCAUCUCCACCUAGAGAUUUUCCCAUUUAAAACUUAUGAAAAAACACGGGAGAAUUAUGAAAAUCACAUUUUUCUUUGCUGCACUGUUCUUACUGGAUUUCUUCAGUUGCUUUCAUGCUUAUCUGCAAUAUCCCUUGCCUGACAUAGAAGAUGCAAAGUUCAUUGAGGAUUGUGUGAGAGCUCACAACACAUUUCGAUCCAAAGUGAAUCCACCAGCCAGCAAUAUGUUUCGCAUGUCCUGGGAUGCUGCUUUAGCUAAGACUGCCAAAGCAUGGGCAAAGAAGUGCAAGUUUAACCACAAUACCUACCUUGAAAUGCCAGGAAAAAUGCACCCCACCUUUCGCUUUGUUGGAGAAAACAUCUGGACUGGCACAGCCCACAUCUUCUCUGUGGAGGAAGCUCUCAGGUCCUGGUUCAAUGAAGUCAGCAGCUAUGAUUUCAGCACCAACACAUGUACUGACAUGUGUGGUCACUACACUCAGGUCGUCUGGGCGGAGAGUUACAAAGUUGGCUGCGCUGUUCACUUCUGUAGUACAGUUGAAAAUUUUCCAGGACUGUUCAAAGCAGCACAUUUUGUUUGUGACUAUGGGCCAGCGGGGAAUUACCCAAGAAAACCAUAUCAAGAAGGAGAACCAUGCAGUAGAUGCAGUAAUGAGAAGUGUGUAGACAAGCUCUGUGAAAAUGCAAAACGUGAGAAGCUGAUAAGUUAUGCCAACUGGUAUCCAGACUGGGAUACACGGGCCCAGCCACCGCAGCCCCGUCCCCCCAGGCCUCCUGUGCCAUCACACGUCCCACCUGCUGAGCAUCCACGACCCUCUUGUGACCAAUACUGUCUCACUGUUUUAAUUUUAAGGCCACUGUUUCUUGUAUUGAGUACUGGUGCUGUACUUCUAGUACAACAGCAAUUUCCACACACUUUUUUUUAUGAGUAAUGGCCAAUUAAGAGACUGAUUGUGCUCCUACUGCUGUAUUAUUCUCACACAACUGGUACACCUUUAAAAAAAAAACAUUUGGUCAUCUUUCAUUAUCCCAGCAAUGCUUAUCCAGCAUGGGAAAGGCUGCUUCUUCACUCAAGGCAAGAUAUAACGGGCUGUGCAUAGAGGUAAUAUAAUUUAUUGGCAGUAGCUGCAACGUGCUCCUAUGUCUGCAUGAGGCUCUUAGCUCUAGGGAUAGCUUGCUACAGGGACCACAGAGACUAGAUAUUACUGCAUGUGCUAACAAUGCUCCUGGAAGCCUGGGACAUCACAAAGACAUGUCUGAAAUGGCACACUAUGUCCAAAAGAAAAAAUAAUUCAUCUUCAUAAACCUUCAGUUGUCUGGACACAAUUUCCCCUAGAUAAUGGAGAUUUAACUGUAUAUAUUACUUUUUAUGAACAGGAUUAAAGCUUGCCCUUUGCUUUAUUUA